GGGAGGGAAGGAAGGUUGAUGGUACGUACCCACGGUACCUACCUAAGUUCUUGUCAGCCUGCACCUUCCACCCUGAGUCUGCAACCCGCUUUCCACACACCAAAAUUGGUGCUUGCCUUCUAAACAGAGUACCUGCCUUCCAUACCCUGUGUCUGCCUAUCGUGCCUACCAAAUGCACCCACCUAUUGUGAGAGCGCCUUCUUGUCCACAACGACGGAGACCUUCCUUCUUGUUCCAUCUUGAUUAAGCAAGUAGGCAUGACCAUUAAGAAGGGAGAAAGGCGAAGGAACGUGAUGGAUAAAAAGAGGAAAAGGGAAAGAAUAAUGCCGUGCCAUUCCUUCCAGCUCUUCUAGCAGGGUUUCUCCCGCACAUCUCCAGUCUCCCCCGUCCCAUCCCGGCCGACCUGAACCUUGACCGGCAUGCAAUUCCACGACACAGACAUUGGAUCCCAUCUUUCAGACUCCAGGUCUCCCAGUCAUCCCCAUCGCAUCUCUCUCGAUCUCGUCCCAAACACUCGUAUACCGGGACUGAGCGCGGGUCCUUUUGUGUUCCUCACCGCGGAUAGGACGCUUCGAGACUUUCCACAGCACUGUCUACAUGCUCCUGAACAGCACCACACGGAUAGAAAGGCAGUUUUGAAGACCGUCACCUCACACACAAAAAGAGACACCCAAGAAAUAAUCAUGGGGGGGACGGCCGAUCUGACUGCGAAAUCAAAUCAUCCAUGCACCGACCGUCACAUCCAUCUUGACGGAUGCAACGCCCACACCCUCCCGCUCGCCGUCACAUCCAUCUUAUCGCCGUCAUUUACCUCUUUUGCCGACGCAUAUGUUUGGUCCAGCUUUAAAUUAUUACUGGCGGCCUUGUCAUCCUUCAUCUUCGUCUUCAUCCGCCGUCCAUCAAAAAAACCCCGGUUUUUUCCCGUCCUCGCCAGUUGUUGUGAACAGGCUACCCACCUACAAAAAUACGGAUACCUACCUCGCUGCAACUCGAUUCAUCACAUGGAGACAUUCGGCGCCACACCGAUUUCGCCAUCCAACAGAGACCAGCGAUAGGUCAUCCAGAGAGGUCUGGCUUAUUUCACCGCGGAAACGGACCCC